CGCUCUCUAUCGUGCACCGAUGUUGUGUUUAUGUCACAUGACCACGAUGUUUACCUCCUCGACUGUCAGUCUUCGAGCACCGACGUAUUCCGGGUAGGAUGUGCAUUUGUUAUUGAGAGCAAUUACAUAACUACAUCGUUGCCCGGAUUUUGAUGUUCCAAUAUGAUAGAAAACAAUGUAAUUUUACGAUAUACUCUGUUUCAUAAAUGAGUAAAGAUGUCUCAACAAUUUCCCAGCAAAAUUCAAGUCUUGUGGGAGAAAUUUCUUCAGGCAGAAUGUGCAUCUUAUGAACGAUCCACAUGGUUUGAUGGGUUUUUGACCCAAUUUUUAGUUGAAUUCAAGGAUGGUCUUGCUAUUAAAGAUAUUUUGCCAUUUACACCUUUAGCUGGAGUGGCUACACUUAUUGGUUGUGAACUUUUGUCUGAUGUACAUCAGAUAUGUUCACAACCAGGUGAUGGGGAAGAUUUAUCACCAUUGCGCCGUCAUUUCCUAUUUGGGAGAGGAUGGCGAACUUUGGCUGUGCUGCAUUAUUUGGGAGUCCAGGACGUAAGUUGUGGGACAGAACUGGCAACACUUUUGAUAUCACUUUAUCCUGUGUGCUUACAACCCCAAUCACAAAGUAACAAAACAAGCACUUCAGCUGCUGCCUCCAGACCUCCUUUAAGUCAUGACGGCUCUCAAAGAAACCCAUACAUAUCAUUCUCAGGAUGCUGGAGUAAAUGGGACCAACAGGGAAGCACAGGUUCUUUAGGAACAUUUAGUCAUGGGCCACGUGGUUACUCCUUACCAGGGUUACUCAAAUUCUCUCCCAGUGAUGGGGUCCAUUACCGUAAGUGGUCUGUCUCAUCUCGACCAGGAUCCACUGGUGGAGGUGGGACUCAACAAUUUCGUGGUGACCAGAUGAAAAGUUACAGCAGCUCCUCACUCUCCAAACAACGAAGACGUUCCCCAGGUACAUUUGAUCCAGAGAGUCCACAAGCAGGAGGUAGUGGCAUUCAAAAUGUUACCAGUGAGUCAGAAGCACCUCAAGAUGCAUCUGAAGUGCUGCUUAACAAAUCAAACACCCUUAAAAUUCGGUUAGAUCCAAUGGAUUUUGACUACUUUGAGUCAGUGGUUCGCAGUGAAGAUGAAUCUAAUGGGGACCAACCAUUUUGGAGAUUUACUCGCCGCACCACCAACAAGGUUACUGCAGAAGACCUAACCGAUGAUCAUAUGCGCCAAGUUUGUUCACAAUCCAUUAAUUGUGCUGAAUUUAGCCUCUUGGUUGUCCAUUUGCUUGAAGAAUUGUGUAGAGCCGAAUUGUUAAUCUCUACACAGCAAGUUUCUCUUCAGUCAGUUAAUUUUGCUCUAGAGAAUCUUUGUUCAUUGCAAUUUGGCUCCACACCCAUUGAUGCACUCAUAGCCACUGAGGUGACAGAGCUGAAACUGGCAAUGACACAGUUGUUACUAACAGCUCUUGAUAAAGUAUUAAUGCAGUCCGAGAUAAUAAACCAGCUUAUCAAUGCAGGCGUGCUUCCAGUAAUGUUGAGAGUGCUGGAAGACGCUGUUCGAAGAGCAGAAUCUCUUUAUAAAAUAGGCAGCAAUGUAUCAAAAUUACAGCAAGCUCAAACAAAACCUUCUCAAAAAAAGUCAAAGUCGUCCGAAGUAGAGAUCUCAAAUGAAAUCUGUGGCUUGCAAGAAUUUGUGAUGGGCAUCCUUUAUGGUGCUGUCACUUUUCUUCACUGUCUUCUUCUUCAUCGCUCCAGUACAGAAAGAAUUCAUGAGUUUGAAGAACAAUUUCGCCUCUUUGCAAGUAGCUAUGGUGGAAGACUUCUUGAAGAAACUGUGAUGGCCCUUGUUAAUUGCAACACACAAGUUACUAAAAGUUCAGUCAGCAGGGGGCGUAAGGUUGUUUGCCUGGUUGUUCAAUUGAUUUUGAGUAUCAAACAGGCAAGAAGUACCAUUGUUCAUUCACUGCAAUGUAGGAAAACAAGGCAUAAGCAUUGCAAGGCUGUUGAUGUCCGUCGACAUCAUCACAAUGACCUUUUUGGAAAUCCAUAUGGAAGUAUGAGUGGUAUGGGGCAACACAGUAGUGUUUGCAAUGUUGCAUAUUUAUUUGCAGCAUUAGUUCGUAUUCUGAACAACAACAGCCAUUUGUCUGAUUUUAGUGUGUCUCUCAUGAAGGUGAUGCUUGAAUGUGGUACAUGCUGUUGUUACCCAGCCAAAGCACUUCUGAGCUGUUUGACCAAAAUAUUGAAAACUGGGAAUGCUAAAGCAAGAGCUCUUGGCUUCACACUCUUGGAGAAUACUGUUUUUACAGAACUGGGUGCUAUUGAAAGUUCCCCACUGAAACCUGUGAGAGAGUACUUUCGUUGCUCUGUCUGUAAUAGGAGUAUGGAAUCUCUCUCAGGAGUACCUUCUAUCCUAGACGAUAGUCAAGAUGACAGCAGCCAAGGACUAGGCAGAGUUGAGGAUCCACUUGGAAAAGAUUCUUAUAAAAGCAAUGCUGAAAAGUGCUUAUCUUUGUCAGCACUAAGUGAUAGAUCAGAGAGUUCAGAGGCAAAGCAAUGCAAUUGGAGUUGUCUUGAUUUUUAUCGUGACCUACUCUCCUCAGAGGACCCAAAAUUGUGCCAUACUGCAGCAUCUCAUCUUUUAAAACUGUCUCCUCGUUGCAAUGAGAAAGUUCAGAUAGCUCUAUUGUCAAAUGUGUUUUACCCUAGUUUCAUUCAGGCUAAAAAAGCGUACCUUAGCAGUAAGAAAGAUGUUUUCAAAUUUAUUGUUUUGUCAUGCAUGUCUGCAUUUUCUUGCCUAAUGUCAUCAUUGACACUUGCUGAAACAUUCCUGUCUCUUGGAGGGUUGCAACAUAUCUUAGAUCUAAUGAGUAUACCCACAUUUUUAAAAAUGUGUUGUUCUGUGCUGGAGAUAGUAAUUGUUGUGGACAUCUUAGAAAUAGACAAGUUGGUGCAAAGUGAGAAGAUCAAACGGGCUGAAACAAAACAUUUACCUUCAGUGCCAAUGGUCCCCAUAUCCUUACAAAAGUUACAUCAGCUUACAUCAUUAGUGAAGCUUAUUGAGUACCUGGAAAUGUAUUCAAAUGAUCUUUUAGACAAAAUGGAGAAUGAAGAUGUGAGUGUAGAGGGCAUGUUAAGUUCCAGUCGAAGAGCACUACUUAAGUUACUUCAGCAUGUAGUUGUAUUCUGGCAAACAGUUGCAAACUUAGCUCUCUGUAGUCCACAACUUCGGCCGUUUUUUGCAUCCCAUUCCAUGGGUCAGUUAGGUUUUGUUCUCUUAAAAGCAACACUGAAAAAAGUUGUUGUUUGCUCUAGCUGGAAGCAACAAACUUCCAAUAGAGACACCAAAAGCUUUUUGUACAUGCGCCUCAUCGAGUCAAUACUAGUUCUUCACCUUACUGCCCCACCAGUUAAUCUACAAACUGGUUUACCAACAUCUCGAGAAAAGCUAAUUAGCAACUUGAGCAACACUUUGUGCCGAUCAGAUGUUUUGAUACUUUGUGAAAGAAGCCCUAGCAAUGCUGGUAGUUUGCGUCGUCUUUGUGAUGUUCUCAUUCGCUGUGCUUUAUCUGAAGCAAGCUCUGAACAAAUAUUGCCUGCUCUGCGAAAAGCUAAGCUGCCUACAAUUAUGGUUCCAGAAGUGCUCCCUGAAGAGACUGAUGACAUAGAUGAUUCUAAUGAAGAUGAUGACAAUAAUCGACAAGAUUCAGCUGAAAAAAGCUUAUCACCCAGUACUGAUCGUAUUGUUGUGAGUGAGGAAGGUAGUUCAGUAGAAGAUCCAUAUGUUACUGCAGAUGAAGGUUAUGAGGCUGACAUAGAAAUAUUAGAGAAUAAAUCAAAUGGGAUGUCAGUUGCUUAUGACUCAAGUACCUCAGGAAGUUUAGGAUUUCAACAGAAUUUUGUUGGGUCUGGAGAUACUGCAAAGGGCAGUUGUGUAUCAGAGAAGAAGUUUAUUAAUGUAAUUGCCCACCCAAAGCUAUGCUCAUUGGCAUUAAAUCUACUGGUGUUUCUACAUGAAGAAAUUCAGAUGAUGUCUUCUGAAACUGGUUCAAGAGAAAGAACUCCUAAUGAAUCAACUCUCAAUGAGCAGGAUAGUAAAAAUUCUGAAAAUUCCAAACCUCAAUAUUUGAAUAACAGGCUCAAAGACAACAGCAAGACUUUAAAAUCACAACUUCAGUCGGAUAUGGUCCAUGUCGUUCAACGCAUUGUUGCUCUCUGUAGGGAAAGUGGGCGUAAUUGUAUGGUUCUUUCUCAAGAGGGUGUCAUAGACACUUUACUCACUGGUUUUUCUUAUGCAUUGUCAGUCGCUGAUCCUGAACUAACUGAACUUCAAUCAGUAGUGUUGGAACUAGUUUCAUUGCUAGCACAGCACAGUAUCACUUCUCAAGAACUUUCAAAGUACCUGAAUUUCUUUAAAACUAAUAAUCCUCCGUUAGAGUCUUUACUUCAGCCAUUGACAACAUUGGUUACAAGCGCAAGACCUCAACCAAAUUUCAUUUUGUGUUUUCCUGUGUUGGCCAGUUCUUUGCCUGGUCAGCUUUCAGCUGACUGUGAUCUAUCUGAAAAAUCUUCCAGUGAGUCUCCACAGAGAAAAACGAGUGGCUUGUUCAGUCUUGCAGCUAAUGUAAGUGGAAAUGGGAGAAACAAUUCGACCCCAGAGAUUUCAAAAGCUCCCAAUGAAUUGUCAAAGUUUCAAAAUGCAUCAGUGACAUUGGCUCAGACUAUUCGCUUGCAGCAUAUAUCCUUAAGAACACCAUCAGCUUGGUCGGAAUGUGCCCUUGUACUGCCCAUUGACACAGAUUUGGGUUGGUGUGCCUGGCUGAGUGGGUUUUCUAUUUCAUUGUGGUUAAGAUUGGAAAAGGGUGCUGCUCCUGAGAACAUUCCUCCACGUAUGGAACACCAUACUGGCCUUCAUCGUAAUUACAGUGGUCACCUCUCCGAUAGUCUUUCAGAUUCAUGGUCAGAGUGGGGCGUUAUGUCCAGUGCCAGUUGGCUGAGAGAUGGUUCUCGAUCUGCAGCAACAUCAGAAUUAAAAGGCCAAUUGCAUGUAGUGUCAAUUGGAAGUGACAACCUUCUGCUUGAAUUGUGGGCUGAUAUCAGUACUGAUCGUUUAAAUUUAAAGUUACGCCGCAGUGAUACCAAGAUAAAUGAGGUUCUAGCUGAAGGUUUUACAGAGAGUGGUCUGCCUCCUGGCCAGUGGCAUCAUAUGGCCAUUAAUGUUCAUGACUAUGUCCAACGCAAGAAGAGUGUAGUUGAGGUUACAAUUAUUAUUGAUGGCUUGAGAGAAGUAAAAUGUCCUCUUCAGUUUAGCGGUAUUGUCCUCCGUAAGGUGAAGCCUACUUGUCUUCUUGUAGGCCAUGCCUUGCAGGGAUCAAGUAAUCUCUCUGCCAUCUCCCCAUCCUACAUAGCCCCUGGUUUAGGCUCAUGGUACUUAGGGAACUUGCAGCUUUUCAAGUGUCCUGUCUUUAAUAGAGAACGUGCAGUGUAUUUGGUGGGCUUGGGACCAAGUCACACGAGCUUAACUGACUGCAAAGUUGGGAGGGACAGCCCUAAUUUUACUAAUAUUUUUGGGGCGAAGAUACUUAAUUCUGGUGUUGCAUGGGACACAGUCCUUGACAAUGGGGCAGCUAAUUUAAAAGAGCUACAAGACAACCUUCUUAUUACAUAUUCUGCUCAGAAUCCGCUGACUUUGAAUGUGUACCCUCAAGUUGUAGCCAGUUCAACUUCUGGCAUGGGAUCACUUUUUCCUGGACAGACUGGAUUCAGAGUAGUGACACCUGACCAACGAGCUAGUCAGCAAUUGCCUUUGCCAAUCAAACCAACUCAGUAUGGCCCUCUUAAUACCCAACAAUAUAGAGGCCUUGUCUCAGCUGUUUCUACUCUGGGAGGGACUCAUGUGUUUUUAUUUUUGUUUGCUAGGGUUGUAGAACUGAAAGCAAAUGAAAUAGAGCAAGGUAAAGCCUUAUAUUUACUUUUGAAACUUGUACAAAGUGACACAUCACUUUUCUCUCAGUUUGUACAAGAAGAUUGUCAUAAACUGCUACUCAAAGUUCUUGCAUCUCAGCAUUGUCUAACAGGACAUCACAUGUUGAAGGCUGUAUUAGAUGCAUGCUGUGACAAGCCGAUUCUUCAACACCAACCUGGACCUCAAUGCCAAUUUAGAGUUGUACAUCAGUCAGAAGCUAUUGUGGUGAACUCCUUUCUUCUUUCAACUAUAGUUGGGUCAUGGCGUGACUGGGAGAGAGUAAGUGUAGCGGGAGAAGAUGGUGGCGUGUUGGGAACUCUUUUCCGUGCCCUUCAUGUCUUACUUCGAGAUGAUCAUCCGUUCAGAGAAUUUAACGCCUCACAAUUUAACAGAGUGAGACUUGUCGAAGGUUUACUUCUAUUUUGCAAGGAACGAUUUUUGUAUGAAGAGUGGCAACCUCUUCAUCCAUCAGUGUGCUGUUCUCUUGUUGAACUUGUUCGCUCUCUGAUGGGAGCUCCUCCAGAAUUUUCUCAUGUUUUGGCUGUUGCUGAUUGUCUGCUGUUGUUGCACCCUGCGAGUGCCACCUACAUCACACAUGUCAGACCCAGCUAUUACUUUCUUCUGUCCCCAUCACCCCCAUCAGCUUCACCUGUGCCACAACCAAGGAAUACCGGCCGUUCAGGAGUAUUUGAACAUAAUGAAAAACGAAAAAAAAGUCAAAACUAUAAUAGAAAGAAAGUUUCUCAGCCACUAAGAAAAGACCAUCCUGCAGAUUUUGCUCAACCUGUAGACCCCUCUAAAUUAAAUAAAGCCCUAGCAAACCUUCAGAUUAAACGACAUACUGAUGAAGUGCAAAUUGGGAGACAUAGGUACAAUACAACAUCAGAAAGUCAAAAUAAUUCUGGAGAAGUGCUUGACAGCAAUCGAGUUGAAGAGGGAAGUGAAGCUAAUGCUUCAGAUUUGGAUGUGGAACCUGCUGAAGGAUGUGGGGAGCAAACCGCAUUUGACUCUGGUAUAGCUGGCAGUUUCCGUGAUCAGACAGGGAGUAGUGACGCAGAUGUGAGAGAAUGUCCUUUGGAAGAGAAAGGAGUUGUUAAUCAACCUAAUAUCUUAGACAGAGCUGAUUUACUUAUGAUGCAAGCUGAGGGAGGUAAACUAUGUGAAAAUCUUGAAAGCAAUUUGGAGAAAUUUGCCACAGAAAUGAAUUCAAAAGAAAAGCAGUAUGUUUUGGAAUGGCCUACUAUGGCACCAAAUUCAAAGAAAAUUCAUGAGCAAACAACACAAAUUAAUAGUGAACCAAUCAGUAGCAACAAUUCUCUUUGCCUUGUAGUGGAAGGGCUUCUUUUACUACUUCGAGACACUUUACUUGUCUUACCUGAUAAUAUGGCUUCUCAGGUUUUAAACCAUGUUGUUCAAGCUGAAACAUUAUUAGUCAUGACGAACAAUAGUGACUCCCGUGUAAGGUCUGCUGUUGUGAAGGUUUUAGGGGCUUUCCUUCAAAGGGCCACAGAAGAAGAACUGAACAAGUUCGUGAAGAUUAAAGGAUUUUAUCAGCUUGCCAGCCAACUUGGACUGUACCCAGCCACCGCAGAUCUUGUUGAGAGCUGUGCUACCCUUGUGACUCAGCGUGGUGAUACCAGCAUUGAGGAACUAUUAGUCUCAUUUACAGAGCAGUUGGAUUUGGAUCAGCUCUCCAUGUCUCCAUUGCAGUUGUCUGCCUUCCCACCUCUGCUUGGUCUACUACCUCGUGCUAUCCAUGACGUUGCUUUAACACACAACACACUAGCUUUCAUCAAAGAGGUUCUCCUACAGGUGAAAGGAGCUUUCCGACCUUUGAUGGAAGCAGGUCUUUUGGAAGUUCUACUCAAGCUACUAGUGCUAGUAUCUCAUCAACCACCAGAACCCACUGAUAUUGCUGGCAGUUGCACACAAGACCUAAUAAUCUCCGACAUAAAUGUUUUUCUCUUAUCUAUCAUGGGGCAUAUCUUGAGCGUACCUGGAAGUCAAAGCAUGCAGGUGCUUAAUGAUAUCCAACACCAGUUGACAUUCCUUCAUCAAUUAGAGUCUAAUAGCUGUGGGAAAGAAUCUCGUUGUGUAUCAGUGCUUCGCGAUACACAUUGUACAAUACUCGAUGGAAUUCUGAGUAUACUAAUUGAAAAGCUAUCAUCGCAACAUUCUCAAAUGAAGGGAAAAUCUCUUCUCUCCGCCAGCUAUGAUGAUAAAAUUGGUUGGUCCAGGGCUUUAGAUUCUGGGCACGUGCGUGUUCCUGUGAUGUCAUUGUCACUUUCACAUCAUAGUUCCUUCAGCUCCCACAGUGGAAGCUUGUUGCGAUCUAAAGUACCUAAAGAUAUAUCAAGAUCAGAACUGUUUGAACGAUUCAAGACAGUUGUAGUCAAAGCAGUUGAAUACUUCACAUAUUCUGAACCACAUGAUGUGUCAGUUGCUACUGAAGUAGAGCAAACAUUUGCUACGCGUCUCUUUGCUACCCUUCUGGAAGGGCUCUGUAGCGUAGUUGAUCGUCGAAGUGUGGACAGCAAGUCCUUAUGGAAUGGAGCCAUGUGGGCUGCAAGGGACACAUUAAGAGUGAGAAGUGCCCAGCUGUUUGUGUGGCUCUUGUCCCCAUGGCAAUCCCUGAAGAUGAGAAUGUUCACUAUACAUUCAUUGAGGUCAGAGCCUCGAAUGAAGGAACUUGUCACCUCAAUGCUUCACACCCAUACACAGGUUGAACAAAAAUUCACAGUUUGGCUAUGGGCUUUAAUGUAUGGACAAGAAUCGCAUCAAUUGCCCUCAGCAGAUAUACGUGCAUGUGAAGAGCUCAAAGAACAACUACAGAGAUGGGGUGUCCUUUCACCACAUGCUAUUGGCCAUGCCCAUGACAAUUGGGAAGGAGAAGUUACUUUACUACUACGGGAAGCUGAGCGUCAAAUGGCUGCUUAUGUAACUCAUAACCGAGACGCUAUAGAGAAAAGCGUGCACAAAAUGGAACAUCUGCAUCGUACUCUGGUUGAUGGUGCCAUGACAGCCACAAGGAGUGUUGUGGAGGCACAGAACAGUGAGAGAAAAGUAUUUAUGGAACACAUUAAAAGUACACUAAAUGAAAAUGUACAGUUGAGAAUGAAAUGGCUGCAUCUGAUUCAAUUACUCACGCAUGAAAGAGCUGUUUGGUUCUUCCCAGAAUCUUACCCUAUGUCUUGGCAAUUAGAUGCAACAGAAGGGCCAGCUCGCACUAGAAAAAGACUUCAACGAUGCCAUCUCCAUAUCAAAGAGAAAUUCUUAUUGCCUGAUCAGCAGGAAAAACUUGAGCAUUUGAAAAGGCCAGCACCUCUCCAGUAUUUGUUUGAGAAGGAUCCAAACCAAGUUAGAUCCAGUAAUUCUUCCUCUACAUCAUCUGUCAUGAUUGAUAGGCUUCACACUAAUGAAACAAUCCAGUACAUGUGCACUGCUCAUAUCAUCACUCCAGCUUGUGAAAUUUCUGGUGAGCUCUUGAUUGGGGAGAGCUGUCUUUAUUUUGUCGCUGAUGAUUCUAUUGCUACAGAUCUGUGCGAGGUUGAAGCUGGGCGUCUAGACAUGUCUUCAACAGCAUGGUCGUUUGAAAAUGUAAAGGAAAUAAUCAACCGCCGCUAUCAGCUUCAGGAAAGAGCACUUGAAAUUUUCCUUCUGAAUGGUAGAACUUACCUAGUAGCAUUUCAAUCAGCUGAGGAAAGAGAUGCAUUUUUACAGCAGCUCUCUCAGUGUGAGCUUGUGAAUCAAAUGCAUGGCGACAAUCUUUCUGAUGUUGUAGAAAUGUGGAGAGAGGGAACAAUCAGUAACUGGGAGUAUCUGACUCAACUCAACAAGAUGGCUGGAAGGUCCUAUAAUGAUUUGAUGCAAUAUCCUGUAUUUCCAUUUGUCCUUGCUGACUAUACGUCAGUUACUCUGGAUUUAAAUGAUUCUAAGUCUUUCCGUAAUUUCAAAAAACCAAUGGCAAUUCAAAAUAAAUGUAAUGAGCAGCACUACAUUGAUACAUACAAUUAUGUGAAACAAGAGCUCUCUGAAGGUUUGGGUGUAGCUGGUCGCCAUGAACCAUACCACUAUGGUUCCCAUUAUUCCAACUCUGGUAUUGUUCUUCACUUUCUCGUGCGAAUGCCACCUUUUACUGGAAUGUUUCUGCACUACCAAGAUGACAAUUUUGAUCUACCUGAUCGUACAUUUCAUUCAUUACACACAACCUGGCGUCUUACAAGUUCGGAUUCAACAACAGAUGUCAAAGAAAUGAUACCAGAAUUCUUUUUUCUGCCAGAGUUUUUGAUUAACCAUGAAGGGUUUGAUUUUGGUGUACGACAAAGUGGAGAGCGGGUUGAUUCAGUGCAGUUACCACCGUGGAGUUUGAAUGAUCCACGCUUGUUUGUGUUGAUUCAUCGUCAGGCUUUAGAAUCAGCUUAUGUAAGAGAAAACCUUCCUCAUUGGAUUGACCUUGUAUUUGGUUACAAACAAUCCGGUAAAGCUGCUGUGGAUUCCAUCAAUGUCUUUCAUCCAGCUACAUACUGUGGUUUUGACGUUUCAAGUAUAAAGGAUCCUUUGGAAAGAAUUGCUCGAGAAACUAUGGUGAGAACAUAUGGACAAAUGCCUCGCCAGUUGUUCCGGUCACUCCAUCCCAUGGCUCAACAAUCUCUGACUGUAAAAGCUGUUAACUACUCUGUGCCUCCGGUGCUUCCCACUGUGCAAGGCUUAACUUGGGGUAGUUUUGUGGGCUCACCUGCAGAUCCUGAACCAGUGCUAGUGGCAAAACAUCAGCAUCACACCCUGGUUGCAGAUCUUGUUCCUCUGCACUCCAAUGAUGCUUUUGGAUUAGGUCCUCAUACUUCCAUUUUGUUGUGCUACUUUAAAGAGAAAGCUUUAAGUCUAGUUAAUAGUUCUGUUGUUCAAAAUGUGGCUCUUGCCACGUGGGGUCAUGCAGAUUCUAUAGUUAGAGUUAAGCUGAAAAAGGAGCUUCCUCCCUGGCCUGUUGUAAGGGCACCAGAACUUGAUCCAAUUUGUGUUUGUGCAAGUGUGCCAGACUGCCAUCAGCUGUGGAUGGGCCAUUUUUCUGGCCGCUUGGUUGUUUAUCGUUAUAACUUUGAAGCUGUACGUGGUCAACUGGAUUUUAAUACAGAUCCUAUUACUCUCCUCGGUCACACAAGUGCUAUACUUAAGAUCCAUUUAAGUCGAAGUUUCAGCAUUGCAGUAAGCGCCAGUCAAGAUCAUACUGUAAUUAUUUGGGAUCUGAACAGUUUAUCUUAUGUGAGAAGCAUUCAGCUUGGAUACCCUGUGAGUUUAGUUAGUGUGAGUGAAACCUUGGGUGAUAUUGCAACAGUGUGUCAUGCAUCCUCUUAUACUGAUACACCUGAUAAUCAAGACCAUUCCUACAACCCUUGGGAAGUCAAAAAAAAUCUGUCUGCAGUUGAUGUUAGAGAAGAUGUUACCUCUGACACAGACUCACCUUCACCAGGAGUUCCUGAUGACUGGGAAGUUUUAAAUGAAGCAGAAACGGCCAAGGAAGCACAACUUACAAAAAAUGUGCAUUCUUACUCAUGGUCUUUGAAGGGUCUGCCAAAAUUUGGUAAUCGAGGAUCUAAGAGAGGAAGUGAACCAUCUCUUCAAGGAAAGAAGAUUCAAGGUUUUCUACAAUCACAGUCUGUUAAGGGAUCAUCUCUUACUUUGCACACAGUGAAUACUGUAUUCAUUGGAAGAAUAGAUAUCCCAGAACAGAUUACAGCCGUCUGUUUUUCUACUGCUUCUGAGGGUCUUGCUGUCAAUGUUGUUGCUGCUGGCCUUUUCAAUGGUACCAUCCGAUUGUGGAGUUCAUGGAACCUGACACCUGUGAGGGAAAUUAUUUCUCCUGCCUUAACAUUCCCAAUCAUCAGCUUGACAUACUCUCUUGAUUCCCAGCAUUUGUAUGCAUCAUCCUCAGAUGGAGUGGUUGCUAUUUGGGAGGGUGGUGGUAUAAAAGGAGCCAAUAAAACUCCAAAAUUCUUUAACCUUACGACAAUGUAAACUACCUACCAGUUCAUUUUGGGCCAACUUUUAUUAUGUCCUAUGCUUCCAAUAACGUUGAACCAAUAUAAUUCUGCCAGUGAUAUUAAUUUUCAUCUCAAGUAUGUAUGUUUGUGGUCUAGUUUGAGGGUGUGCUAGUCAUGAUAAUUUUGUUUAUGUGAAUGAAAGCUAUUUCUUGUUGAAGAAUUUUAAGGUGAUGGGAAAACGCAGCCCGGCUUUGAUGAGUUGCUUUGUACUCUUAAUCAAAUUUUAUUUUUACAAAUUUGUAAAUAACCAAUGCUAGAUUGCAUUUAUAUUUUUCAAAGAAUGUAUCUUAUAAAGUAUUAUCAAAGAAUGUGUCUUCAAGAUUUCAAGAUCAACAGUGAGACUAUACUUUUUAUGUAUUUUUAUUAGUAUAGGCUUGUUUGUUCACAGUAUCAGAGUUUGUAUUUGUUCAAGUGUGCCAUAUUCUAGGAACUGUUAAAGAGUAUUGUAGGGUACUUAUGUCAGAUAGACUUUAUUAUCUAUUCUGAAGAUGAGCUCAUCUUUUUGUCUUCACACGUACAUUGCUUAUCUUUUUUAUUUCAUGCUACUGUUGUUUUUUUAUCAAGGACUUAAUGUAUUUUAUGCUGUUUGCAGAAGGUUUUGUAAGAAUAAAUUUUAUAAGAAGUUCUUCUUAAGAAAUAGACUGCAUACACUCAUAAUAUAGUUGGCCAUUUAAUAGAUGUUUAAUUUGUUAAAAAUUGUAUUUUUAUGGUAGCAAAACUGUGAUUACAUUCAUGAUUUGUUUAGUUUUACAGAUGAACUCUUCUACCGUUUACUUAUGUUUUGUACCAUAUUCAGUUUUAUAUAUACAGUAUAUGUGUCAAUAUGAGCCAAUCAGAGAGGCCAAUGUGUCAUAAUUAUUUUAUUAUAACAACUGUUAUUAUUAUUGUAUUGUAUUUUUUAUCUGUAAAGUAAGUGUAUACUUCUGUUAAACAGUAAAAUAAACUUAAGCAUUUAGUAACA